AUGUCCUCCAACACCGACACCGACACCGCCAAGCCCAACAAUGCCAACGCCAACGCCAGCCUCCUCUCGAGGAUAUUCCGGCGUGCCUCGAAACUCCCGGAUUCAGAUGCAGAGUCAACGACAUCCAAGGAUCCGCUCGUGCAAAGACAGCCCGUGAAGUCGACGUCACAAGAGGAGCACAACGUGGACAGCAGUCAGCCCAUGAAGUCGACCUCACGCGAGGAGCACGACUCGGUCAGCGAACUCAUGGCCAAGGCGAACACGAUGGGUGAAGACGAGUUCAAGGCGUACUUGAAGGAGCACAAGGAGGAGGUUGAGGCAAUGUAUCGGAAGCAGGGAGGCGGGAUUGCGAGCGGCGACUGGGUCAGUCGGGACUGGGCGACGGGUGAGUCUCUUGUUUUUCUUUCCCUUGCCUACCUGUGGACUAGGUAUUUCAGAAAUGUGGGCAUGAAGACCUCGGAGCGAGCAAACCGAGCUGAGCUGACUGGGCUUGAUGUGAUCUAG